AUGAAUAUCACAACGAGCAAUACCACGGAUGAGAGCAAUGUUCUCAGCCGAUUUUUUCUUCUUGGACAAAAACUCUUUCAAAAUCGAAAUGAAACCCUUCAGCAAACGAUGAUACGCCUACAGAAUCAUCAUCAUCAACAACAUCACUCAGCCAAAUCCUUAUCCUCAACGCAAUUCAUUGAAAUCGCCAUGCUUUGCUUUAUACUGAUCGAACAUACGUUUGUGUUUCUAUUAACAUUACAAAAGAAAUCUUCCAAAGAACUUUUCUUACAUACGAAUGAACAUCAAACGCGCCAAACACAACAAAUCCGUUCAGUAAUUCUUCCAAGAAAGUAUUUACUUCAUAAUUGUUUACAUCGAAAUUGGAUCCGUGCAUAUUCUUUUUCAAAUAUAUGCCUUUCAUUUGUCUAUUUCCCUAAUCUAAUUCUUAAGCACUACUAUCCGAAUCUUGUGCAUCCAUCAUCCGUAACCUUCUACUCUCUGCCAUUGACCCUUCUCCAACAGAUUCUCAUUAAUUUCAGCGGUUUUCAUUUAUUCAUCAUUUCCAUAAGUGUUCUUCAAUAUUUCAUUCGAUCUUAUCGUUUAUCCAACACUAAAUAUUCAUUUAAUAUCUAUAAUGGAAAGAAUCUUCUCAUUACCAAACAUACAAACGUUGCGUUAAUUCUUACAGGAUCGUUGGCAUUAAUUUUUGGUUAUAAUUACAUAUUCUACACACCGAAAGUGCCUAUAACAUCCAGUUUAUUACCACUAAUCACCUUAAACAUGAUACUUUUACCCACAAUCGAUCUGCUUACAUUCAUAUUUAUACUCACUUGUUGUUGUAUUCACGUUCGUCAGUUAAAAAAUUCAAUCAAACAAGCAUGGUCAUUCAAUGAACCGUCGCAAAUAUCGCCGAACAAAAUUCGUUCGAUUGUGGAGAGAAAUUCGUGUUUGAAAUGUUAUUCGAAGUUUCUCCAACUGAAUCGCAAUCUUUUCAAAGAUAACGACGCGUAUUCGACACUACAUUCGAAAUUUUUCAGUCAAAAUCUCAUCACCAGUUCACGUCCAUCGAUUGCUUCGCCCGAUGAAAAACGUAAAUUUUCCACUAUAUCCGAUGAGACCAACGAUACACAAGCCCGACUGAGUGUAUCGCAUGUGCAUCAACCUAUCAGGCCUUGCCCGUCAACCCGAUCCAAUCGGUCGCAUGAACCGUCCAAUGAAGAACGAGUGUUGCUGACUAGUCCCAUUAUACAACGAACAUUGAUGAAAAUUGAAAAACGCCGCUCGCUAUGUCAUUUAUGUCAUCGUUUAUUACUUCUUUUCCUUCUCAAAUACGCUCUCCUAACAUUUCCUCAGCAUUUCAUUCAAAUGAGAUAUCAUCUUCGACAAUUUUACGAUUACGUAGUCAAAUACAAUUAUCUAAAUCAUAACGCAAACGAUGCCCAACCCGCGUAUCCUGAGUCGCUUACACUCAUUUGUCGUUUUCUUUUUCUCGCUGCACGAUUUGGUGAUAGUUUAUUAUUAACACGUUUACCCAUACUAAUUAAAGACUAUUUUCCUUGCUGGUUUCAAUUCAAUUCGCAGUUACUACGUCAAGAAAAGACGCUCCAACGACCAUCGCAUCAGAUUCUGAUGAAAAGCAUCGAUACACCGACCGUUGAUCCCACAUCCGCUGAUGAACUGUCUGCGUUGAAUGAAAUGGCCAGUCCACAAAGAGAGCAAACAGUUCGAAAAGAUCUUCAACAUAAACGACUUCAUUUAAGAUUUGAAUUCAUUCCAUUAUGGUCGAGAAAGCGACAAGAACUGAUGAACUCGAAUUAUUAA